CUUUGUUUCAGCUACCAAGGUUUGUGGCCACAUCUCUGAGAACAGCGAAAUGCCAGCUGACUGAAGGAAGGGGAAGUGUUUGUUUUGUGUUGUGUUUAUGGUUAGGUGAAAAGGGAAACAAAAAAGUAAAUUGAUUUUAAAAAUAUCAACGGUCAUACGAAAUUUGGUACAUUUGCAAUCGACGAGAUUUUAUUAAAUGUUCUUCUUUAUUGUCAAGUUUUUUCCAGGUGUGAUGGUAUUGAGUUUCUGAAUCACGUUCCAGAGGGUUGAUGCAGGCUUUUAUUUGAAAACACAGAAAACAGAGAAGAUUAUAAUCAGUUCAUAAUGACAGCUGUUGAAGAAAGGAUGCUUGGCAGCCGGAUGAACCGUCAAGGCAGUGUAUAUGACCUGGAAGUAGACCUCAGUUUGAAAAUGGCUAAUUAUGAAGCUACAGUACGGCAGUUAGACACAUACUAUGGAAUAGUGAAACGUCAGCUUCUUCGAUACCAGAGUCCAAUUACUGGCCUCUUUCCUGUGUUGUCAACUGAUGAGAAGGUUGGGAGUGUUAGGGACAGCAUAUAUUGUGCUGCUGCUAUCUGGAGUCUUUAUCAAUCAUACAGGCGCAUUGAUGAUGACCGAGGAAAAUCCCAUGAAUUGGGCCAGUCGGCAGUAAAAUGUAUGAGAGGAAUAUUAGAAUGCUGGAUUAAGCAAUCACAUCGCAUAGAACUUUUCAAAAAGCAACAGAGCAGCAAAUAUGCACUUCAUUGCAAAUUCCAUUUAAUCACUGGUGAUGAAGUAUUCAGUGAUGAUGAUUAUUCACACUUGCAGAUUGAUGUUGUUUCACUAUACCUGUUGUUCCUAGUGCAAAUGAUAACCUCAGGUUUGCAAAUUAUAUACACACAAGAUGAGGUGGCAUUUGUGCAAAAUUUGGUUUAUUAUGUUGAACGAGCAUAUCGCACGCCAGAUUUUGGAAUGUGGGAAAGAGGAAGCAAGUAUAAUAAUGGUACCCCUGAAAUACAUGCCAGUUCAAUUGGCAUGGCAAAAAGUGCUCUAGAAGCCAUUAAUGGAUGCAACCUAUUUGGUGACAAAGGAGCUUCAUGGUCAGUUAUAUAUGUUGACAUUGAUGCUCAUAAUCGUAAUCGAAGCAUCUUUGAGACAUUACUGCCUAGAGAAUCCAGCUCAAAGGGAGCUGAUUCAUCAUUGAUCCCAACAGUAUCAUUCCCAGCUUUUGCAACCCAUGAGGAGGUUUUGUAUGAAGAGACUAAAGCAAAUAUCAUUCGUCGACUGAAAGGUUCAUAUGGGUUUAGGCGUUUCGGACGAGAUGGCUUCAAAUGUAAACUGGAAGAUGAUAAGCGAAGAUUCUAUAAUGAAGGGGAGAUAAGGGAAUUUGAAAAUAUUGAAUGUGAGUGGCCUCUCUUUUACAUGUUCAUGAUAAUUGAUGGAGUCUUUAAAACAUUGCCAGAUCAAGUUGAAGAAUACCAAAAUUUAUUGAAAACGGAAAUAAAAAGGGACACUAAUGGUGACCCAGUUAUUCCAAUGUAUUUUUAUGUACCAGAAGGGUACAUUGAAUUGGAGAAACAAGAACCUGGUACACAUGCCCGCCAGCCAAGUGCCGAAGGCAGUGGGGGUAGUAAUGGUAUAUACCUUUGGAAUCAAGCAAUGUUUGUGAUAGCAGUUAUUGACAGCUGGACUGCUACAGCGCAGUUAUUGACAGCUGGACUGCUACACAUUAAUGAACUUGAUCCUAUUAGACGAUACUUACCUUCAUUCAACAGGCCACGCAAAGCUGGAAGAUACUCAGCCUUUCAGGCAAAACCAACUAUUGGAACAGCUACAGAUUUGGUGGUGCAAAUUGUAUUAAUUGCAGAAUCAAUGCGCCUGCAAGCUAUGAUGGCAACAUAUGGCAUACAGACUCAGACCCCACAUGAGGUGGACCCUGUUCAAAUAUGCUCUUCUCAUGAGCUGGUGAAAGUGUAUGAACACCUUGGUGUAAACAACAAGUUAAAGUUAAAAGGUCGGCCACUGAGACCUAUUGGGGCACUUGGAACCAGUAAAGUGUACAGAGUUUGUGGACUGACAGUUUUAUGCUACCCUUUAAUAUUUGAGGUCUCGGAGUUCUAUCUAUACCGCGAUAUGGCACUACUGAUUGAUGAUAUAAAAACAGAGCUACAGUUUGUGGGGAGGUAUUGGAGACUGUCAGGUCGGCCAACAGUUUGCCUUCUUAUUAGGGAAGAACACAUGAGGGAUCCACAGUUUACAGAGAUGCUAGAUUUGCUUGCCAUGCUGAAAAAAGGAUUCUGUGAUGGAAUGAAAGUGAGAAUAGGGAGGUUACAGAAUUUAAUAUCUUCCUCAUGCAUUGAACAUCUUGAUUUCAUGAACACUGUAGAAACCUCUGAAAUGGUUUUUGAACCAUUUAAACAGCUUGAGCAUGAUUACAUUGGUUAUCAGAGUCUAACAGAUGUCCCAAGGGCUGUUGCUUAUGAUGAAGACAGAAGAAACUAUCAGGUCUUGUGGAAUAAACCAACUUGGGAAAUUCUAGAUGUUCUUAGAAGCACAGAAGGACUGCAUGGAAGAGCCCAGCUUUUUGGACUCUUGUUGAAGAGAGAAGGUCCAAAUUAUGAAUUUAAUGGUGCAACAGUGGAGGAGCACAUAACAAAACUUUAUCAACAAGCCGGGAGCCUGCUGUACUGGGUCACUGUGCGAUACUGCAGCAGUUUACUACACCACACAGUGGACAGCAUCAGUCCUUUCAUUACAACAGUACUUGUACAUGGAAAACAGUUAACAGUUGGUGUCAUUGGGCAGCAGGAAACAGUGUUUGACAAACCAAUGACUCCAGCUGAGAUACGACAAGUAAUAUACUCCACAAUACAGCCAUAUGAUGUUAUUCAAGCAGUUCUUCAGCAAGAAGUAGUUUUGUACUGUGGACGUCUGAUUGCCACCAAUCCGGAAAUGUUCAAGGGUAUAUUAAAAAUUAGAGUUGGGUGGGUUUUGGAGGCAAUGAAACUGUACUUACAAAUGAAAUCAGACUCGAAGCCACUGGAACACCAUAGCCCUUAUGAAGUCAGAACUCUGUUACAGAAAGUCUUGACAGUGAGAGAAUGGGCUGCUCAAGAAAAGCUGUCACCUCUUCAACGCCGGCGUCUUGAAGGCUGCCUGUGCCGUGUUCCUACAAAUUUCUAUAACCAGGUCUGGGAUGUUAUGACUCGAACUCCACAAGGUAUCAAGGUCCGAGGCUAUCAUCUGCCCCAGCAACCAACGCUGUCAAACAUGACACGCUCACAACUAAAUUUUGCAUUACUGGUUGAACAAAUGCUCAAUCACAUCCAACAGCCUGAGUAUAGACAGAUUGUAGUUGAGCUGCUCUGCAUUGUCUCCACAAUACUCGUCCGAAAUCCAGAGCUGACCUUUCAGAAGCAACUGGACCUAGACCACCUUAUGAAUGAAGCAUACCAUAUGUUUUGCAAGGACAAUAGACAUGAGGUCACUGAAGAUUUGAUGCCAUUUUUUUCAACUCAGUACAGCAUAACCGUAGGUUAUUUAGCACGUGCUGCUGUGAAUAAUGUUCUUCAAGGAGGUCAGCUUGUCACACAUUCUGCAAAUCCAGAAACUGAAGAUGAUAUAGGUCAAGAUGAACCAUGUAGGAUUUCGUAAGACAUUGUAAUUAUCUGUGAUAAUGGUUACUUCUAACAUAAGCAAUGUACAAAUCAAAAAUGAAUAUUUUUUCCUUGUAUACAAUCUAUACUGUUUCCCUAGAAAUACAGAUUCUUAACUUCAAACAGGUUGUUAAUCUUAUUUGUGCAGGAGAAGUUUUUCAACUUUGCUUAAGUCUUCAGACUUUAAUCUGAGUUUGUAUAUUUGUGUAAAUA